UUGUGGCCAAGAGCUCUCUUGUCCUUGCUAACUCGGCAAACACUCCUAAAACCCAAUACAAAGAGCAUACACUGAAACACAGAGAUCAAGAAAAGAAAAAAGAAAAAAGAUGUCCAUUGAGAGAAGAGACCCUGCAAUAAUCAAGCUCUUUGGGAGGACAAUUCCUCUUCCUUCUUCUUGUGGAGUAAAUAAUAAGGAUCUUUCAAGCAAAGAAGACAAUUAUAAAUCACCGAAUUCCAACAGCAAAUCAGGUAUAGCAAUGAAGAAGCCAGACAAGAUACUGGCUUGUCCAAGAUGCACUAGUUCUGAUACCAAGUUCUGCUACUUCAACAACUACAAUGUCAAUCAGCCGCGCCAUUUCUGUCGACAAUGUCAACGUUAUUGGACGGCCGGUGGUGCAAUCCGCAACGUGCCUGUCGGUGCUGGCCGACGACAACGGAAGGACAAGAAUUCUGCAUCACAAAACAAACAUUGCCAUGAAUUGAAAUUUAAUGGAACAGUACUAAGUUUCGGUGCCGCCGAUACUUUAACUGAUACAUGGAGUUCAUUUACUUACUCUUCAAUAUUAGGAAAGCACACAAGAGAUGGAGAAGAGAAGUGUUUAUGGAUUCCCAAAAACAUUAAGGAUUGACGAGUCUGAAUGAACAAUAUUGUUCGUGAGGGA